AUGUGGGAUAACGUGGCCAAGUUAACUACUCAACUUGGCAUUAUUGUGCGGAAUGGUAACAUUGUUCCUCUUACUUUUCUUGACUGGAACAAUGUGCCUGAUGAUAUUGUUGAUGCUAUCUGGAAGGAUGUGAAGGACAAUUUGAAUAUAUGUCCAGAGGAGUACAAGCCAAUCUGCAUGAAAAACUGCAACAGCAUAUGGAAGGAUCACAAGAACAAGCUUAAGGCUAAAUAUUUCAAGCCUAGAAGCUCUGAUCCUAAUCUGAAGGAUGAUGUUCCUAUGAACAUUGUACCAAGCCAAUGGGAACAAUUUGUGAAGUAUUGGCGUACUUCCGAUACAUGGAUAUUGUCGCACAUACGGGAGAAUUGUGCCUCGGAGAGCAAUGUAUAA